ACGUGGCCAGUCAAAAUGCCAGAACCCAGCAGCGGGGAAGCCCGCGGGUCACCAUGCCACCUGAACCUCCCAACCGCAGCGACGAGCUGGGGGGCGUUACUUCUACGUCUCUGCAAGAGAGGAGGAGCCCGGUGCCCCUUUCCCUCUACAGCACCGGGGACAGCCAGCCGGGUGCCCAAACUUUCCCGGGCCUGCGGAGGCGACGCCAUGGGGCUGAAGCCCUCCUGUCUGAAAGGCUUUAAGAUGUGUGUCAGCAGCAGCAGCAGCAGCAACAACAACCAUGACGAGGCCCCUGUGCUGAACGACAAACACCUGAGUGUCCCCAACAUCAUCAUUACACCCCCAACCCCGACGGGCACGGGGCUUUCCAGAGACUCCAAGCAGCCAGUCUGGAUGGAUGAGUUGGGGUGUUAUCAAGAUGAUGGAGAGUUGGACCCUGAAGCCUGAGAAGUCACCAAGUGGUGGGACCUGUGUGGCAGCUUCUUGCCUCACUGCCCCUUGCCCCAGGUGUUGGGGACAUGGCUACCUGAGCAGCUGGAUGAGGACUGAGAAUUGGGCCCUGGAUCAAGACAGGAGUGGCCAACGGAACACAGCAGGGCUCUGGCCCCGGCAGAGCAGACAUCUGUCACCUCCAUGUCCUUGCCAAGCCAGACCCCAGCUUGGUGAGGAGGAAGUGACCCUGCCCUAUGGCCACUGUGGCCACAGACCCUGGCCCUCAAGGUCACAGCACACAAGGACUUCUUGCCAGAGCAGGGCCUCUGUUUUUUAUAAGUUGUUUUACAGGUACAGAACCCACGUCCUGAGUGAGAUUUAUAAAUAAAGCACCUUUGUGACUUG